GUCAUCAGAAUUUGAUAACUAUAUUAAAAACAUGACUGACUGUCAAGAGGGCGAUGAGAAUACACAGUCAGAUAAGCUAUAUAAGUUUUUAGCAGUUAAGGAAUUAAGAGCUGCAGAUUUUAUAUUCCUGGCAGAAGAAGAGGUGAAGGAAGAAACAAUCAGAAAAAUACAUGCAAAGAAUAUAGAGCGCUCAAUUCCUAAGUAUACCAUCGCCUCCUUUACCAAAUUAAAUAAGGAAACAGAAAAGGUGGCAGAUUACUGUUUUGGAAAAAUUGCUAUCAAUGUGCAACAGAAGAAGGGAUCAGAGAGUCAUUUCACAGACCUGCAGGAAAUGCAUGUUGCCCAAUUUGGUAGUAAAACAGUAACAGCAUUGCCAGGAAAAACAGCCAAACAAUAUUUUUGUUUAAAAAAUUUGAAUGACUUAUCUGAAAUUUUUAACUUAUUUUGUAAUGUAAACAGCAUGGUUUUAAUUAUAAAUUCAAAAUUGAUAAAUAUUAUUCAAUCAUUUCAGGUUAUCAAAUGUGUUAUAUAUGUACAUUUUAUAAACUCUGUUGAUAAAAAGAAUUUAAAAAGAAAAUUCCAUGCAAUUGAAGAAGAGUAAGAAUUGUAUUUAUUAAGGGUGUACGAUACAGUUACAUGGUGGGUAAAGAAAUUGCUAUUGUAAACUUUUAUUUUUGCUCUGUCCAACUGUGACAUAUGGUGGAAAAAGGUCGAAAUCUUUGUCUGAUUUUCAGAAUCCCCUGAAUCCAUUUGAAUGCCUUACAAAAAUUUGUCCAUUGAACCCCAUUUUUAGCUCACCUGGCCUAAAGGGCCAAGUGAGCUUUUCCCAUCACUUGGCGUCCGGCGUCGUUAACUUUUACAAAAAUCUUCUCCUCUGAAACUACUGGGCCAAAUUAAACCAAACUUGGCCACAAUCAUCAUUGGGGUAUCUAGUUUAAAAAUUGUGUCCGGUGACCCGACCAACCAACCAAGAUGGCCGCCAUGGCUAAAAAUAGAACAUAGGGGUAAAAUGGAGUUUUUGGCUUAUAACUCAAAAACCAAAGCAUUUAGAGCAAAUCUGACAUGGGGGUUAAAUUGUUUAUCAGGUCAAGAUCUAUCUGCUCUGAAAUUUUCAGAUGAAUCUGACAACCCGUUGUUGGGUUGCUGCCCCUGAUUUGGUAAUUUUAAGGAAAUUUUGCUGUUUUUGGUUAUUAUCUUGAAUAUUAUUAUAGAUAGAGAUAAACUGUACACAGCAAUAAUGUUCAGCAAACUCAGAUUUACAAAUAAGUUAACAUGACCAAAAUGGUCAGUUGACCCCUUUAGGAGUUAUUGCCCUUUAUAGUCAAUUUUUAACCGAUUUUCGUAAACCUUAGUAAUCUUUUACAAAAAUCUUCUCCUCUGAAACUACUGGGCCAAAUUAAACCAAACUUGGCCACAAUCAUCAUUGGAGUAUCUAGUUUAAAAAUUGUAAUUUGUCACCAUACAUAAAUGUGUAGUCUACAGACCACAAUUCCCUGUAUACAUGUUUCACUUAAUGCUAAUCAAAGUAAGAAAAAUAACAUUAGAAUAUGCCAUUUAUUGUAAAAGCUAUAACAUUGACAUGCCUUACCUACUUCAAGUUGUGUGUUAUAAUCCAAUUGAUCAUAUUAUAUA